AGCUCAGCAGUACUGCAGGGACAAGUUCCUCGACCUGGUAACUCUCGAAGACCACUCGGCCCUGAACUCUGUGGUCGAUAGUCAGGACUUUCCAGUCUGGACUGGGCUGCACAGAAAUGGGAACACGUGGAAGUGGGGCACAGGGCAGUCAGAGUACAGAAACUGGGCAUCGCAAGAGUCAAGGAGCAAUGGCGACUGUGUCUCCAUCUCCUCUGUGCAAAAAGAGAUGGCCACCCAAAACUGCUCCGCCCGGUUUCCCUUCAUCUGCAUCAGGGACAACCUGGUCCUGGUAAAGGAGAACAAGACCUGGGAGGAGGCGCUGCACCACUGCCGAACCCUCAAGUUUUCUCACCAACCGGGCGUUCACUACGAGCUGGUCAGCGUAAAACCCGGAGAAGACCACGACUACGUCAUGAACAAGGUCAAGGAGGCCAACAGUGAGAAGGUGUGGGCUGGCCUCCGUUUCCUGGCUGGUCAUUGGCUGUGGGUGAACAGCGCGAAAGUUUUGUACUCUAAUCUGGCCACAUGCCCCCUCGAGGGGCAGCACUGCGGAGCUUUAUCCAAGAACAACACUGGCACUGUGGAGACCACAGACUGUUUGCAGAAAUGGAACUUCCUGUGUUACCGCUCAUAGUAAUGACAUCACUACCAUCACCUGCACGGGGGGGUCACUAACACAUCCCCUCUGCACCCACCAACUCUAUGUUCACAUGCCAUUCAGCUUUUUCAGACGGUAGAUAGAUGACUGUGAACACACUGAUGGAAUAUGCAUAAAACUGAAGUGUGGUUUUCUUUACUUUUCUUUCAUUCCAAGCUGCAGCAGGUUGUACGUAGCUCAUUAUAUAUGCGGCUGAAGUACAGUCCAAAGCUACUCAGUCUACCUGCACACA